CAAACAGCCCCUGAUAGUGUCCCUUCAGCAAAGGGUUUAUCAAGAUUCUACAAUACCCUCGUAGAUUCUGAAAAAGAAUAACCCUCCUCACCCGUGAAGAACCCCAUUAACAAGUGUUGUGAAGAAGAUGUUAAAUCUUUCAAUACCCUCAACACCCAUCAUCCAAAACCCUAAAACCCCUUUUUGCUUAAACCCUCAAAUCUCUUCUUUACCUACAAUCAAACUCCUGAACCCAAUCUCCAGAAAACUCUCUUUGAAAUGUCAAUACUCCGACCAGCAACAACAAAGGCCCGAUGUUUCAUCCUACUCUCAACCCAGACAAGAUACUCCAAAGGUUUUCAUUGGGCAUUCUAUUUACAAAGGGAAGGCUGCGCUUACGGUUGAACCUCGCCCACCUGAGUUUGCGCCUUUGGAUUCGGGAGCGUUCAAGCUGACAAAAGAGGGUUUCAUAUUGCUUCAAUUUGCGCCUGCUGCUGGUGUCCGCCAAUACGAUUGGAGUAGAAAACAGGUAUUCUCGUUAUCAGUUACUGAAAUCGGAAGCAUUAUCAGCCUUGGCGCAAGAGAUUCAUGUGAAUUCUUUCACGACCCUUUUAAAGGAAAAAGCGAUGAAGGUAGGGUUAGGAAGGUUUUGAAGGUUGAGCCCCUGCCAGACGGAUCCGGCCACUUCUUUAAUCUCAGUGUUCAAAACAAGCUUUUAAACAUGGAUGAAAGCAUUUAUAUCCCUGUUACAAAGGCAGAGUUUGCAAUUCUCAUCUCAGCUUUCAAUUUUGCUGUGCCAUACCUUUUGGGUUGGCAUACCUUUGUGAAUUCUAUCAAACCCGAAGGCACAGCCGGUUUGAACAAUGCUAAUUCGCGAUUCGGCGCUGAUUUAGAAUGGAGCAGAUAGUCGUCGCUAGUUUACCUAUGGUCAUGAGGAUGUAUUUUGAGUCUAUUGUGUGUUUGUUAUAAAUUAUGAUUUAGGUGGUAUCUUCUAAUCUCAUUUCUUUUGCUUUGGUGAAUCCAACUUUUUAGAAUAUAUGGUUUGUGUAUCUUUUGAUAUUCAACUUAAAACUAUGAGUUUAGUAGGAUUUAUCUUUUUA